GGUGCCGCGAGUCAGGUACUGGGGCUUGUCGCUUCCCGUGGGAGGCCAGUCCUCCUUCCCCCGCUCACGAGAGCCCGCCUCAGCAUUUGAAAUGACUGCCCACCUGGCCGUAUGGGAAGAUGUUUUGCACAAUGAGCAGCUCAUUCCGGAGGUAGCUGCAAUCGCUGUGGAUGCAGCAUUGCUUGAAGGAGUUCUGAUGAGGACCAAAGAGGAAUCCAAUUCAUCCGAUGUGGUGAAUUAUGCUCCCUUUACAUUGCUUCCAUCUGUAGUACCAAGCACCAUCUUUGAACAAGCCUAUGCUGUUCAACAAGAUUUUAACCUACUUGUGGAUACUAUUAGCCAGAACGCGGAAUUCCUGGAACGCACUCUUGCUAGCACCAUCAAAGUGGAUGACUUCACAGCUCAUCUCUUUAAAAUCUACAAGCAAGUUCUGAAAGAAGGGUUGGCUCAGUCAGUAUUCUUAGGAAUAAAUCGCUCCGAUUAUAUGAUUGACCAUGGCACAGGUGGCACUCCGGCACUGAAGCAAAUCGAAAUAAACACCAUUGCUGCCAGCUUCGGAGGCCUUACUUCGAGAACCACCGCUGUGCAUCGGCACAUACUGAAUGUUUUGGGGAAGUCCAAGGAAGCUUUGAAGUUACUGGACAAUAAUCCAUGCAAAGGGAUUGCCUUGGGCAUUGCGAAAGCUUGGGAACUCUAUGGCUCAGCCAGGGCUGUGGUGGUGGUCCUGGUUGCAGACCCCCAAAGGAAUAUUUUUGACCAACGCUGCAUAGAAAAUGAGCUGUGGACCAGGAAUAUCCGGGUGAUCCGGAGACGGUUUGAAGAUGUGUUUGAAAAGGCAUCUUUAGAUAUUGACAGGAGACUGUACAUGGAAGGCCAAGAGGUUGCGGUGGUGUAUUACAGAGAAGGUUACAUGCCAGAGAACUAUAACAAACAGAACUGGGAGGCACGGUUGUUGAUUGAAAGGUCCAAAGCAGUUAAGUGUCCUGACAUUGCUACCCAACUUGCUGGGACCAAAAAAGUUCAGCAGGAGUUGAGCCAGCCAGGAGUCGUGGAGAGAUUACUGCCCAGCCAGGCUGAGGCGGUUGCUCGGAUAAGAGCAACCUUUACUGGCCUCUAUUCCCUGGAUAUGGGUGAAGAAGGUGCUAAGAUGGUUGCAAUGGCCAUUGCUGAUCCAGAACGAUAUGUGCUAAAGCCUCAGCGGGAAGGCGGAGGGAACAAUCUCUAUGGGGAAGAGCUCAAGCAACUUCUGGAGAAGAUUAAAGACAGCCCUGAGAGGGCCUCCUAUAUCCUAAUGGAUAGGAUCAGACCUCAGACAUCAAUGAAUUACUUGCUCAGGGCUCACAGUCCCCUGAAAAUAUCAGAAUGUCUCUCUGAGUUGGGGGUCUUUGGUGUCUACGUCAGGCAGGGGAAGGACAUUGUGGUGAAUAAGCACGUUGGUCACCUCUUGCGAACCAAGGCAGUUGAGCAUGCAGAUGGCGGGGUGGCAGCUGGGGUGGCUGUGCUGGAUACUCCCUAUGUGAUAUGAAGAGGAUACCUCCCACAUCUGUUGCCCUAACUGCUGCCAGAAGAGCUGUGAUUUCCUUUAGGGUUUGAUUACUUCAGUGUCUUGAUUAGACACAUUUAUCAGGACCACAGGGACAUUCCCUUUCCAGGCCCAGUGAUCACGAGGAGGGCAUGUGCAAUCACACUUGUACCAAAUACUUUUAUGCUACUCCCUCCCUCCCCCUUCUUCUUAUCUUUCCUUUUUAAUUCUUCCCUCAAAAUCUUUGGGUUCUCAUCUGAUCUUUUUGCUUUAUUGAUAACUUCACACAAGCUAAUCCACAGACCCGUCACCACCUCUGCUCCAGGCAGCCAGAUGUGAAUGUAACACCGUGAAUUGUCCUGAAUGCAGCUGCUUUCUCAGGAAUGAGGCUAACUUAUUGUUCAGAACUCCUUGUAACUAGGAGUUGGGAUUUCCAUAUUGUGACAGACCCAGACCAGUGGGGUACAGGAGUCUGGUAGAGGGCAAAUAUACUGGUCACUGGAUGAGUAGUUUUCUGUUCACCAAGUGACCAGAGCAGGGGCUGUACUAGAGUAAUCAGGAACCUGCUAGAACCACUUAAGGCAGGCAGGCUAAUUAGGACACCUGGAGCCAAUUAAGAAGCUUCUAGAAUCAAUUAAGGCAGGCUAAUCAGGGCACCUGGGUUUUAAAAAGGAGCUCACUUCAGUUUGUGGUGGGAGUGUGAGGAGCUGGGAGCAAGAGGCACAAGGAGCUGAGAGUGAGAGGGUGUGCUGCUGGAGGACUGAGGAGCACAAGUGUUAUCAGACACCAGGAGGAAGGUCCUGUGGUGAGAAUAAGGAAGGUGCUUGGAGGAGGCCAGGGGGAAGUAGCCCAGGGAGUUGUAGCUGUCAUGCAGCUGUUACAGGAGGCACUAUGGACAGCUGCAGUCCACAGGGCCCUGGGCUGGAACCCGGAGUAGAAGAUGGGCUUGGGUUCCCCCCCCCAAUUGACCUGGACUGUGGGCUCUCCCAGAGAGGAAGGUCUCUGGACUGUUCCCCAACCCACAUGGUGAAUCUUUGAGGCAAGAAAAUCCGCCAAUAAGCACAGAUCCCACCAAGAUCGAGGAGGAACUUUGUCAUAAUAUGUACCCUGUUCAAGACACUACAACUACCCCGUGGCUCCUUAAGUGCCUGAUCCCAGAGGGUUAAAUGUGCCUUCUACAUUUUCUGCUUCUCAUUUAAUUGCUACCUCUGAGGGCAUUUGCUUUCUGGGCCAAAGGAAAGGAAGAUGGAGAACAAAAAUGAGGGUAGAUGGAUUUAGUUAAGGGCUUCCACCCCACCC